AUGGAAUUCGUUCGAGAGUUGAAUGACUUUCAAAUCUAUGGGCCGAAUCACACUGAAUACAUCUCCAAUUAUCGUUACAAGUGGGUUUUUUUCUGUUCUAAUCGACUCACAAUUGUGUAAGCUAUCUUCUAACAGUCGCAAAAUCCGGCAAAACAGAUUGAGAUAAUUGCCGCUUAAUAAUUUACUACUCGAGCUGCUCCUUAAACAAAAAAAACAAACUUUUAUGCUCCCCAAACUGAACGUCUUCAGAAAAUAUAGUGAAAGUUACAGAACAUAUUUUGGUAUAAAAAGGAUAAGCAUCUGCCAAGAAAUUGUUGAAAACCUUUUUCGUUUUCAGUUUUCCUUCAAAACCAUUAAUUGAUGGAAAAAGCCUCGAAACGACCCCAAUUUUUUAUUUUAUCCCGUUGUUCUGAAUUCUACGAAAAACAAAAACAAUGUGGAAAAUUGCAUGAUUAGAAGCGUGUUUUGCAAGGAAGAGCCAAUUUCGAAAAAACUAGAUCAACCCUUUUGAAAAGGGCAUUCAGAAACUAUUUUCAUCUAUUGAGAUAUGCCCUUCCUUUCGAAAAAGUUGAAGAUCCUCGAGGCUGGACUGUUAAUGUUUUCCAACGAUAUUGGCACCAUUCCAUCACAAUUUCCGUCGUCUAUUUCAUCAUUAUCAAAGGUAUAUUUUCAAUAGGCUGAAAAAUAAAGCAACAAUCGGAAAGUUCAGCGAUUCAAAAAGCGAUGGAAAACCGAAAGCCGUUCGUUCUGAAGACACCACUAGUUUUGUGGAACGGAGCUCUCGCCAUCUUCAGUAUCUGCGGAUGCGUUCGAUUCUCAGAAGUGAGUUCAGUCCAAGAUGUGAAAAAAAAAACUUGAACGUUACGAAUUUCUUGAUGAUUGAUGUUGAAACCAUCUUAUGGCGUUCGAAAAAGUAAUUCAAUUUUCUCAACUCUGUAUCACACAUAGUUCGCUAUAGUUUAAAGAAUUGGUGAGGUUCUCGCGAUUUUUUUUUUGUUAGUUUAAUGGAUAAAAAGGUGCGGUAAGGAUUAGGCUUGAUAAAAAGUGGCUCAGUAAAAGAUAAAAGCCUUUAUAAACAAGAAACCGGAGAUAACCUCACCAAUUCACCCCCAUUUUACCUAAAAUCCAUCAAGAUGUUGGAAAUCGCUAAGAGUGUAGGACAUCAUCCGAGCUCUCUAUGUCGACGGCCUCUACAAGUCGCUGUGCUAUUCUUGUCAUCCCAACGACGUCGCAGCCUUCUGGAGUCUUCUAUUCGCCAUCUCCAAGGUUGAGUGACUUGAAAGUUCCGCGAAAAAAGAAUGGCCCAGAUCGUCGAACUGGGCGACACGCUGUUCAUUGUGUUGCGGAAAAAGCCUCUCAUUUUCCUCCACUACUACCAUCACGCAGCUGUUCUGAUCUACACUGUGCACUCAGGUGAGAGAAUUCGAAUCCUAAAAGAAAGAGAACACUUAUCGAUGAAGUUGGUGGGGAUAGGGUCAAGCGUUGGUCAGAAAUAGAGCAAAAUAUAACUGUGAUGAAGAGCGUCCAGAUCUAGUUAUUUCCUACAAAUGAGAAAAUUGAGUUCAAAAGCUCAAUUACUUUUUAAUAUUAUUGAUAAGUCUUGUCUUGAUUAUGAUUAUAUUUUGACGAAUUUGAUUGAAAUUUUGACGUAAGAGUUCUAAUAAUAAUAAUUUAUUGACAGAUCAGCGUGAGCCCUAACGAGUUCACUUGGAUCUAUAAUUUAAGAGAAUAAAUUAUAAAAAUUAUAAAUCAUUUGAGUCUUGGAGUAAUAGAAAAGAAGAUCUCGUUUAAUGGUAGAUUGAACAGUGAAAGGCUUAGAGUGGUGGCUGAAUUGAAAUUUGGAAGUGAUUUUUUUUCAAGUAGGAAUAGUUUUGAAGAAAAAAAAAUCAUUGGAAAACUGACCUUUAGAACGCAGUCGAAGUGGAUUUCGCCUUAAAUUGGAUCUGAGGCCAAAAAGCUCAAACUUAGUUGAAAGAACCCCAAACUUUAACAUGGACAGAAGUUAAAUCUCCCCAAAUCUCUAACAAUCAAAACUUUUCAGGAGCCGAGCACACGGCGGCUGGAAGAGCUUUCAUUUCGAUGAACUACCUGGCUCAUUCCUGCAUGUACAGUUAUUACGCCAUCUCAGCAGCAGGCUACCGUAUGCCAAAAUGGGCAAGUUAAUUAGAAUUUUCGCUCUAACCACCGUUCAAUUAGGAAAAACUUCCUCCUCUCCUAUUUCCACACUAUAACGCUAAUCGUGCAAAGAACCUCAUUAAAUAGUUAUGAUAGAAUUAUAGACGAAAGUGAACAUUUUUUUAAGUGAAAGCUUAUUUAAAAACUACUGAUUAUCAUAGAAACUGAUGAAUUAGUUCUAAAGAAUUAAACACUGAUUCCGUAGUAAAUUUUUUUGAAAAAAAUUAAUAAGAUACGGUCUUCAAAAAAAUAAGUCUGAGUAAUAUACGUCGCAGUUUCCCCUUUCAAGAACACAAAGAAUCACUAAGAAAAUUCUAAAAAAGACCCUUAAAAGGAGUAGAAUUUUACUAGCAAAAAUAGUGAGGAUAUUUAAGGUGUCUAUGGCGGUGACAACAAUUCAGACAACGCAAAUGUUGGCUGGAGUCGCCGUUUCCUGCUUGGUUUACAAAAUAAAGACGGAAGACAAACUGCCGUGGGUUGAAACUUUAAAAAAAUGCAAUAGUCUAGCAAUUAUUUCUUAUUUCUUAUACGAUACAAACUUCAGAAGAACCGGAGAUUUACAGCUAUGGGAGGGACCAACUUCCCCAGGUUCCGCUGGAUUUUUUUACAUACAUGAAAUCAAAUAAUAACGAAAGAUUGUAAAUACCCACCAGGUCCAUUCAGAUGCCAACAGUCGAUGGCCAACCUUUACCUGGCUUUUAUCAUCUACAUCACGUUCGCCGUUUUGUUCAUCCAAUUCUUCCUCAAAUCGUACAUUUUUGGCUCCUCCAAAAAGCAAAAGAAACAAUAA